GCCCUGCCCGGCGAUGGGAGCCGGCUCGGCCAAGGCAGCUGCGGGCGGGACACCGCCCCCCGCCGGGCGGACGCUGCCGGCGGCGAGGAGAGGCCAGCGCGGGCUGAGGAGGGCGCCAUGGGAGGCAGCUGCGUUUCUGUUCCUGUAGAGAUUUUGUUCCUUCACCUCAGACCUAUGUGACUCAGGCGAAAGGAUCAUGACAGAAGUCCUCUUCUCUGCUGCUUUGAAUGGAACUGAACCCAACCUGUUAUCCAGCAGUGGCUGGUCUGCAGGAAAUGCCACCACCAAGUGUUCCCUGACCAAAACCGGCUUCCAGUUCUAUUACCUGCCCACUGUCUACAUUCUGGUCUUCAUCACUGGUUUUUUGGGCAACAGCGUGGCCAUCUGGAUGUUUGUCUUCCACAUGAGGCCUUGGAGCGGCAUAUCAGUUUACAUGUUCAACUUGGCACUAGCCGAUUUCUUAUAUGUCUUGACUCUGCCUGCGCUCAUCUUUUACUACUUCAAUAAAACAGACUGGAUCUUCGGAGAUAUUAUGUGCAAGCUGCAGAGGUUCAUCUUCCACGUGAACCUGUAUGGCAGCAUUUUGUUUCUGACUUGCAUAAGUGUGCACAGGUACACGGGAGUGGUGCACCCCUUGAAGUCGCUAGGGAGGCUGAAGAAGAAGAAUGCAGUGUACAUCAGCGCCCUGGUCUGGGUCAUUGUGGUGGCUGUGAUUUCUCCAAUACUAUUCUACUCGGGAACGGGGAUAAGGAAAAAUAAAACCACGACAUGCUACGACACAACAGCUGAUGAUUUCCUGAGAAGUUACUUCAUUUACAGCAUGUGCACCACAGUGUUUAUGUUCUGCAUCCCAUUCAUACUGAUUCUUGGUUGCUAUGGGCUCAUUGUGAAAGCUCUGAUUUACAAAGAUCUGGACAAUUCUCCUCUCAGGAGAAAGUCGAUUUACCUGGUUAUUAUUGUGUUGACAGUCUUUGCCGUGUCUUACCUUCCUUUCCAUGUGAUGAAGACCUUAAAUCUAAGAGCCAGGGUGGAUUUUCAAACACCACAAAUGUGUGCCUUCAACGACAAGGUUUAUGCCACCUACCAGGUGACGAGGGGUCUGGCCAGCCUCAACAGCUGCGUCGACCCUAUUCUUUACUUUCUGGCAGGCGAUACCUUUCGAAGGCGGCUUUCCAGGGCAACCAGGAAAUCAUCCAGAAGAAGUGAGCACAAUGUGCAGUCGAAGAGUGAGGAAAUGACUCUCAAUAUUUUAUCAGAGUAUAAACAGAAUGGAGAUACCAGUUUGUGAACAAAUGUGAAAGAUCUGGGAACAGUUUGAAAAAAUCCUCCGCUUUGAGACACCGUAGCACUAGAAAUGUGUGAGGAGAAUCUUACCAGUCUCUCAAAGUUGUUUUAGGUAAAGCCUCAUUAGCUGGUCUUAGAAAAAGCUUAACAAAAUCAGUGGAGGAAUUUCAGUGGAAAAUAACCUGCCAAAUUUCUACUUUUCCCUCACGAUAUUCUCAUUUCUUUUUGACUUGUGUCAGAUAAAGUAAAAUGAAGUAAAUCCCCUACAGGAAGAAAGCAAUCCAAGUGCUUCUGGUGUAAUGACUUAGUGUCCCACAUUUAAAAAAUGUUCUCAAUCAGCCUCUCUUUAGAAAUGGGAAAUAAAAGUAAGAACGAGCAGUAUCUCCUCUUCUGAGGCUCACUCCACAUGCCUACCCUUCCUCUCACUUGCCAUUGUAAACAAGUAUUUAAAUCAAAGUCACAAUGCAGUUAUCUCACCUUUAUAGUUUUAUUAUAUCUUCAUCCAGUGUUGGUAAUUAUUUGGUAGUUUGGUGGCAUUUAUGAUUCAGUCUCCUUUGAGUGCCAGUGUUUUACAAAAAGUAGGCUUACUGAUGUGUGCAUGAUUAUGCUUUCAGAUUGUGAUGGUUGUUCAUGAAAAAUCUGGACCACCCUUAAAGGCAAAUUGGCUUCCAGGUGAACUGACACCUUGGCCACUGGCAGACAGAUAAGCAGGUCUCACUAGGAGCCAGUGCAGGCAGGCACCUGCUUCGCACGUGCGCAUAGCGGUGUGUUUCAUGAACAGAUGUCAGUGUGCAAAUGCGUGGGGAGGUGAUUUGGUUCUGAGCAGCUGAUAGUCCGAUCCUGCCUUCCAUGCUGAGGAAAACCGGCGCAUUGUCAGCAGGGGAGCCACAGGACAGGGCUGAGCAUGGACUGGGCUCACCUGGGGAGUGCCUGGCGAGAUCUGCGGAGCUGGGGCGAACUGCCCUUCCCACAGGCUGACCAAGAGCUCGCUGCAGCACGAGUGCCUGACUGCUGGUGUUGGGAGCCUUGCUGGAGGUCUUUACGGGUAAAAUGUGAGAAAUGUGUGUGCUGAAAAUAACUGUACCUUCGGAGCAGUAAAACUACAGUCGCUUGAGUUACCUGCGUUUUCAUUUGGUACAAGAGUAUUUCUGUUCCUGGCAAUCUUUAGAGAUAAUGUAAGAGUCGUUUCCCAAGAAAAUGUUUAUUAAAAUGGGUAAUAUAAAUGGAUUAUAUUAUAUAUAUAUAAAAUAGUUGUGAAUUAGUUUUUUUGUACUGUGACAAAUAAAUCACUGUAUUAACAAGAUGUUGCAAUGGACUGCAGACUUAAGUCUGGCCCUUCAUUGUAUAUCUUCUCCAAAUGUGGAAUAGGUCAUCCAAAAUUAGCCAAACUGCAAUAUUGUGUAACACAAGAGCUGGUGAUCGGAGCACAGACGUCGAAAUCUUACAUGGGCAAUUUUACUCGUUUCUCAUAUUUCUAAGAAAUGUAUUUGAAAAUAUCGUGUGCAGCAUGCUCUGAAUUAUAAAUUUAGUGUACGAAAUUUAAGUUCUGUGUAAUCCUAAGAGUGAUUUUAACAGAUCUCUGUUUCUCCGGUCUUCAUAGUAAGAGUAAAAUAUUUACAUUUUACUUACAAAUUUCCAGUGAUUGGUAACAAACAAGAAUAACUCUAGUUGUUUUCUUGACAACAUUGUAAAGCAGCUUCUGUUCACAUGUACAGCUUUUUAAUCUUCAAACUCCCUAUUUAUUGAACUUAUUUAUUAGAAAGCUGAAUGUAAAGUAUGUAAAGUGUGGUUCUCAGUGUCCAUAUGCAGAAUUGGGCAUUAAUGGCAAAUUUAACAGCAUGGUUCAAUCACUGUAAAACUGUGUCUUCUAACAGAACAUCUUUAUAAUAAACUCAAUUCCACCCUGA